AUGCGUCUUCGAGAUAGAAUGUAUCCGACGUGCAAAAUUGAGGCAUUAACAUUCAACAUUACCACUUCCUGUGCUGAAAACCCAACAUUCAUUAUCAGCUGUGGAGCUUGUCAAACUUGCGUGCUCACAUACUCAAUCGAACAUCCAGAUGUCGACACCGAUGAGAAAGAAAUAACACCACUCAUUUCUUCACAAUUGAAUAAAUGUCUUAAUAUGCCUGGAGGAACGGAGGUACAACAGUAUUCAAUACAAGUAUCGAAUCUAACAGCUUUACAUUCAUGGAUAGUUGGAACGAAGACUUCGAUAGCUACUGAAGCGACGGCAAGGAAGAAAGUUUUGUCGACUACGACGGGAUCGAUUAGUUCCGUGACACCAAGUAGUUGGACAAGCAGUUUGCAGAGUGAUUCGGAGGAUUGGUCGACGAUCUUGAGUACUGCUACUUGGGCCAGUGCUUAUUUUAGUGCGUUAUCUGCAGCAUCAAUAUCCGCCAUGAAAGCAUCCUCACGCCCAUCAACUCCCACUCCAACCAUAACCCCCGAGACCAGCAGCAGCAGUACAGGGGUAUCUAACUCUACCAUCCCUCUUAUCUCCACUACCUCUGCCUCCCCCCUAAAUAAAAGCUGGAUAAUCGGUCCCAUCAUCGGAUCUCUCCUCGGCAUGUCCACCGUCUUUAUAGUCAUCUUCUUCACCCGACGCAAACAGCAUCGAGACUUCCUCUUCCAACAACCUCUCCAACAGCAUCUCCAUCAACGACAUAUCCCCAUCGAUAUAGGACCCUACAAAAGUGGGCUGCCAACAAAGGAAUGA